UUUACACCAAAUCCAAAACACAAAUCACAAAAUAGCAUAGCCGGAUAGUUUAUACGGAGUAAUUUGUUUUGGGACGAAAAGAGUAUUUUGGGACGAAAAGAGUGAAACCUAUAUGAGCUCUUUUGCUUUCUCUGACAAUUGGUUUUAGGGUUUCUUUCUGCUCAAUUGAUACACAGUUAUGGCUUUACUUUCCAAUUCAGAAUCUGAAGAAUUGUCCGCUAAUGUUUCUUCGUCCCCGCCAAAAAGCAUAUACAAAGAUCCAGAUGAUGGCCGCCAACGAUUCUUGCUUGAAUUGGAAUUCGUUCAGUGUCUUGCCAACCCUAUCUACAUUCACUAUUUGGCCCAGAAUCGAUAUUUUGAGGAUGAAGCAUUUAUUGGAUAUCUGAAAUACCUCCAGUACUGGCAACGCCCUGAGUACAUAAAGUUUAUAAUGUACCCAAAUUGUCUCUUUUUUCUUGAAAUGCUCCAAAGUCCCACAUUUCGGAAUGCAAUGGCACAUCCUGCCAACAAGGAAUUGGCACAUAGGCAGCAAUUCUAUUUUUGGAAGAACUACCGAAACAAUAGGUUGAAGCAUAUUUUACCGAGGCCGCUUCCCGAACCUGCAAGUGCACCACCAACUUCUGCUCCACCCGUUCCAUUGCCACCAACAGGUGCAGCUGCUGGUCCUGUCCCUUCUCCAAUGCAAUAUGCCAUUCCCACUGGAUCUUCUAUUGCUAAAAAUGAUCCAAGGAAUCCGGGUGCUGAUCGAAGAAAGAGAAAGAAAGAUGGGUAGUGCCAUUGAUCUGGAUGUAUUGGCGUUGAUGAUACAUAUCAUGGUUGUAUAAAUUGUAUUGUUCCCUUGCUGCCAAACCAUUGGAGUUGCAGCCUCAAGCACCGUUUUUCAUAUACUGUGGAAAUGGCCAUUGCUAUCCAUCUUAGUUUCAGGUUAUAGUUAUAUACAGUCCCAGAUGAACAAUUUUAGGGGUUUAUUUUAGGGGUUUGUAAGAUUCAGGGUUGGUAAGGGAGAUUUGUUGUUUUCAUCUCUCUUUGCUCUAAUCUGGAAUGAAGAUAAGCUUAUGGAUGAAAGAAACGCGGCUAUUCGCCACGCCAGCUCCUAUCACCUUGUUAGACUGCUUGCCUUGCCUCUCCUCCUUAAUAUAUGUAGUUAACGAACGUUUGGUUACAAGAAAAACAAAAUUAAUACAAUUACUGUCUUCAUUCAAUGUAUUCCAAGUUUAACUUUCCUUUCUCUCUUCAAUAUAUGUAUUUCAAUUUAUUA